AUGGCUCCACGACGGUUGCCCCUAGAAUCUCUCCCCGUGUGGACAAGCUUCAACAAUGGCAUUUUCAGCAACGUCGAAGUGAAGCCCAUUGCGCACAAGGGCUCCGGGGUGGUUGCCAAGAAAGAUCUGGCCACCACUGGAGAGGCACCUCUGAUAUCCAUCCCUCACAGCCUUGUGUUGAGCACCGAAGCCGUCGAAGAGUACGCCAAGGAAGACAGGAGCUUCAGGCAGCUCCUGGAUGCUUGUGGACACAAAAGCCCGCGUCAUGACAUUCUGUUAUUUCUGCUCGUCCACCUGGUCCUCUCCUCUGGCAACAAGGAACGUGCUGGUCUUCCCAAUCAAUGGACCGAAUAUGUCAAACUGCUCGACGACGCUGUCCCCGUACCCACUCUGUGGAAGGAGCAUGAACGCUCGCUCCUCCGGGGAACGUCUCUAGAGGCUGCUCUUGAUGCGAAGAUGGUGGCUCUAAGCAACGAAUUUGAUGAAGUGCGCGAGAAGUCAUCAGAGAUUGAAUGCUGGAAUUCAGCAUUCUGGGACAAUGAUGCUGUCCAGCUCGCGGAUUGGCUGCUCGUCGACGCGUGGUAUCGCUCCAGAGUCCUCGAGCUCCCUAAAUCAGGUCCAUCUCUUGUUCCAUGUAUCGACAUGGUCAAUCACUCGCAUGACGCCAACGCCUACUAUGACGAGAACACCGACAAUGAUGUUGUCCUCUUACUUCGCCCAGGCGGUAAUAUAAAGGAGGGAGACGAGAUUAACAUCAGUUACGGCUCACAGAAGCCAGCCGCGGAGAUGCUGUUCAGCUACGGAUUCUUAGAUUCAACCUCAGCAGCAAAGAGUCUUAGGCUACCUAUGAGCCCUUUACCGGAUGAUCCCUUAGGCAAGGCCAAGUUUUACGCCUUUCAAGACGCCCCAUCAGUCGACAUCAAAGAAAUUGAUGGAAGAGUGAUAUGCACAAGUCCCUUUGCGUAUCUCAUGAUCUUGAAUGAAGAAGACGGGCUGGACUUCAGAAUACUUCAGGACAAGGAAGGCGGCAGGGAGCUCAGGACGUUCUGGCGAGACCAGGAUGUCUCUGACAAUACUGGCUCCUUCGAACAGCUUGUUUCUGACCAUGAACUUUGCAGCGUCUUCAAGCUGCGCGUCAAUAUGGUAAUAUCACAACGACUAGAGGAGCAGUUGGAACGAUUAAAUUCAUCCCCGCCUGACGAUAGCAGCGCGGUGUCUGCGACAGGCCAGGGAAAUUCAUCGAACGCUUCCAAUGCGCGGGCGCUGAUACUUGUCGAGAAAGAGAUCAUUGACAAAGCGGUCAUAGUACUGGCAGAACAGCGGACCGAGCUCAUGGCUCUCGAAGAUGUGACGGCCUACCUUGGGUCCAUGGCGAUAUCCGAAGGGGGUUUAAGUGAGGUACAAGAAGACGACGGCGGUGAUGAUUUCAGUUAG